AUGGCGACGCUCAAGACCAGACCGAACAAGAUCGCUUGCAUUGGCCGCAACUACGCGGACCAUAUCAAGGAGCUCAACAGCGCCAGGCCGAAGCAGCCUUUCUUCUUCUUCAAGCCCACAACAACCUUGCUGCUGCCCGGUGAGGGCCCGGUCAUCAGGCCCAAGGGCGUUGACCUGCACUAUGAGGUCGAGCUGGCGCUCAUCAUUGGCAAGAAGAUUAAGGAUCUGAGCCCGGAUGAUGAGCAAGGCGCCCUCGAUGCCAUUGACAGCUACGCGCUGUCCAUCGACAUGACGGCGCGCAACAUCCAGAACGAGGCCAAGAAGAAGGGCCUGCCGUGGGACAUCUCCAAGGGGUUCGACACGUUCCUGCCCAUCAGCCGGCUGAUCCCCAAGUCCAAGAUCCCGGACCCGCACAAGAUUGAGCUGUGGCUCAAGGUCAACGGCGAGACGCGGCAGGAGGACUCGACGGAGCUGCUGCUGUUCCAGAUCCCGCGCGUGCUGAGCGACAUCUCGCGCGUCGUUACGCUCGAGGAGGGCGACAUCGUCAUUACGGGCACCCCCAAGGGCGUCGGCCCCGUUGUGCCCGGCGACGUCAUGACGGCCGGCAUCCGCGUCGACGGCAAGGAGAUCGAGGAGGCGGCCCUGGAGGUGCCGGUUGCGGAUAGCACGGGCGCUUAUGUCUACGAGGAGACGUGA